CAGUUUGGUCGGAUCAGUCAGUGUGUACAGUGCGGUCGGUUCAGCGUGCUGCAGUGUGUACAGUUUGGUCGGAUCAGUGUGUACAGUGUGGGCGGGGUGUCGCUGAGUAGAUCAGGAAGAAUGAACGCGCUGCUAGCGGAGGAACGCGCUGUGCGUAAAUAAAGCGCAUGAGCACCGGGAGUCGAUAUGUGAUUGACAUCACCAGAGCUGUGGACGGAACAAACGGCCCCAAAACCAGUCGCCAGAACGCAGCCAUGAUGAAUAUCACGUCCACCGCCUCCACCCCCCUGACCUCCGUCACACAGAACAGCUCCAACUCCACCGCCGCCCCCGGCUUCAUCGACCAGAUACUGCAUGACCUUCCCUUUCCACUCUGGGCGCUGUAUGCCAUCCUGGCCGCGGGGGGGCUGGUGGUCCUGGUGGUCAUCUGCCUCUGCAUCUGCUGCUACUGCAAACGGAAGAAGAGCCGCAAGAAGAAGAAGAAGCAUCAGCUGGAGCUGAAGGGGCUGGAGGCGGCGAGUGGCGCCGCGCUGGUGGGCUCCGGCAGGGAUGAUAACGGGUACGGCUCCAACCAGAAGAAGCGAGGGAAGCUGCUGUACUCUCUGGACUACCAGGCCACCAAGACCGAGCUGACGGUGGGUAUCAAGCAGGCGGCCAAGCUGAUGGCCAUGGACCUGGGGGGGUCCUCAGACCCCUACGUGAAGGUCUACAUCUCCCCCAGCAGGACAAAGACCUACGAGACCAAAGUCCACCGCAACACGCUCAGCCCGCUGUUCAACGAGCACUUCACCUUCCAGGUGACGAGGAGCGUGCUGGCCGCGUCGGCGGUGGUCAUGCAGGUGUUCGACUUCAACAGGUUCUCCAAACACGACAUCAUCGGGGAGCUGAGGGUGGACCUCAGCUCUGUGGACUGGAACCACGUGAUCGAGGAGUGGCUGGACCUCAGCGACCCCCUCAAGUGUGAGCCUGAGGACCUAGGAGAGAUCUGCAUCUCUCUGCGCUACGUGCCGGCGGGGGGCCGUCUGACGGUGGUUGUCCUGGAGGCCAGGAACCUUAAGAGCAUGGACCUGGGAGGGUCCUCAGACCCCUAUGUGAAGGUCCAGCUGGCUCUGGACAAGAGGAAGUGGAAGAAGAAGAAGACCUCCAUCAAGAAGAAGACGUUGAGCCCGUACUUCAACGAGUCGUUCUCCUUCGACGUCCCCUUCGACCACAUCCAGCGGGUCCACCUGGUGGUGUCGGUGUGGGACCACGACGCGGUGUCGCGGAACGACGCCAUGGGGAAGAUCUUCUUGGGCUCGGACGCGUCGGGGAACCAGCUGAUGCACUGGGCCGACAUGCUGGCCAACCCCCGCCGGCCGGUCGGCCAGUGGCACACGCUGCUGACCGCCGAGCAGGUCAACUCCACCCUGGUGCUGAAGAGGAAGCUGGCCCUGCCCAAGAUGAUCAGCAGGCAGCGCUGAGGGGUCCUCGUCCCCCGGGGUCCCCCGAAGAACCUCCAGCAGGUCCUUCAGAACCUCCAGCAGGUCCUUCAGAACCUCCAGCCCUGGGUCCUUCAGAACCUCCAGCCCUGGGUCCUUCAGAACCUCCAGCCCUGGGUCCUACAGAACCUCCAGCCCUGGGUCCUACAGAACCUCCAGCCCUGGGUCCUUCAGAACCUCCAGCCCUGGGUCCUACAGAACCUCCAGCCCUGGGUCCUUCGGAACCUCCUGCCCUGGGUCCUUCAGAACCUCCAGCCCUGGGUCUUUCGGAACCUCCUGCCCUGGGUCCUUCAGAACCUCCAGCCCUGGGUCCUUCAGAACCUCCAGCCCUGGGUCCUUCAGAACCUCCAGCCCUGGGUCCUACAGAACCUCCUGCCCUGGGUCCUACAGAACCUCCAGCCCUGGGUCCUUCAGAACCUCCUACCCUGGGUCCUUCAGAUCCUCCAGCCCUGGGUCCUUCAGAACCUCCAGCCCUGGGUCCUUCAGAACCUCCAGCAGGUCCUCUACAGAACCUCCAGCCCUGGGUCCUUCAGAACCUCCAGCAGGUCCUGCAGGUUGUUGAACUUGAAGUGGCUCAGGGGGAAGUGAACCAGAAGAGCAGACUCAGUCUCUCCCUAAUCCACGGAUCUCUUGUCCCGUGACAUCAACACCUGCAACAUCACUCUGGAUCUAAUAUACAUUUGAUUGUUAAGAACAAAAACUGGCCUGUUUGUCAUAUUUACUCCCUGUAUUAAAUAUAUUUGGCUAUCCCAAAA